UGGUGGGGAUAACCGUAGGGAGCUUCCGUUUGUCUGCGAGGUCAGAGAAGGCUGGAUGCAUUCAGUGGUGCUGGUGAAUAACACGAUGAAAAUGGCGUGGCAACCGCAAGAAGAAGGACUUCGGCAAAUCCUUACGCUUCUCAAGGAAUCACAGAGCCCGGACACAGAAACCCAAAGAGCUGUGCAGCAAAAAUUGGAAGAGCUUAACAAAUUUCCAGACUUUAAUAACUAUCUCAUCUUCAUCUUGACCAAACUUGUAUCAGAAGAUGAACCUACGAGAUCUCUCAGUGGAUUAAUAUUGAAAAACAAUGUCAAGGCACACUUUCAUAAGUUUAUGCCCGAAGUUACCGAUUUUAUAAAGCAAGAAUGUUUAUCUGCUAUCGGAGAUCCUUCCGCUUUGAUUCGUGCUACUGUUGGUAUAUUAAUUACCACUGUAGCAUCAAAGGGUUCGUUAACAACAUGGCCAGAACUAUUGCCCGCUCUUUGUCAAAUGUUGGAUUCACAAGAUUACAAUGUUUGCGAAGGAGCGUUUGGUGCUCUUCAGAAGAUCUGCGAAGACUCAUCUGAGAUACUAGAUUCCGAUGCGCUCAAUCGACCAUUGAACGUUUUAAUUCCAAAAUUCUUGCAAUUUUUCAGACACACGAGUCCAAAAAUUAGAUCGCACGCAAUAGCUUGCGUUAAUCAAUUCAUUAUCACUCGUACACAGGCGCUUAUGAUUCAUAUAGAUAGUUUUCUGGAGAAUCUCUUCCAUUUAGCUUCUGACGAUGAUCCAGAUGUCAGAAAAAAUGUUUGCAGGGCUCUAGUAAUGUUGCUUGAAGUUCGAAUGGAUAGAUUAAUUCCAAAUAUGCAUAACAUAAUAGAGUACAUGCUAAUGAGAACUCAAGAUCAAGACGAAGGAGUUGCAUUAGAAGCUUGCGAGUUUUGGCUUUCUUUGGCAGAACAACAAAUCUGCAAAGAUGCUCUUGCUCCGCAUCUGAUGCGAUUGGUACCCGUUUUGGUACGAGGUAUGAAAUACUCUGAAAUUGAUAUAAUACUUCUCAAAGGAGAUGUAGAAGAAGACGAAAUGAUCCCGGAUAGAGAGGAAGACAUACGACCAAGGUUUCAUAAAUCUAAAACACAUCAUUCGCACCAUCCCAAUAUGAACAAACAUACAGACGAAAAUGGCGGAGAUGAAGAUGAUAUAGAUGGCGAAGAUGGAUCUGAUGAUGAUUCGACACUCAGUGAUUGGAAUUUACGAAAAUGCUCAGCAGCCGCAUUAGAUAUGUUAGCAAAUGUAUUUAGAGAAGAACUGUUGCCUGUUUUAGUGCCUAUCUUAAAGGAAACUUUGUUCCAUCAAGAUUGGGAAAUCAAAGAAUCUGGCAUACUGGCUCUUGGAGCUAUUGCUGAAGGAUGCAUGAGUGGAAUGAUUCCACAUUUAUCAGAGCUAAUUCCUUACUUAAUUGGCUGUCUCAGCGAUAAAAAAGCACUCGUACGUGCUAUUACUUGUUGGACUUUAAGUCGUUAUGCUCAUUGGGUUUGUGCUCAGCCACACGAUACGCAUUUAAAACCUUUAAUGACAGAACUUCUUAAAAAGGUACUAGAUGGUAACAAACGUGUUCAAGAAGCGGCAUGUUCAGCAUUUGCUACAUUGGAAGAAGAGGCUUGCACAGAAUUAGUACCUUAUCUUGGAUUUAUUCUUGAGACGCUCGUUUUUGCUUUUAGUAAAUACCAACAUAAAAAUCUUUUAAUAUUAUAUGACGCAAUCGGCACAUUAGCCGACUCAGUGGGCCAUCAUCUAAACAAACCAGAUUAUAUCAAUCUUUUGAUGCCACCAUUGAUCACCAAAUGGAAUGUUUUAAAGGAUGAAGAUAAAGAUCUUUUUCCUUUGUUGGAGUGUCUUUCGUCAGUUGCAACUGCAUUAAGAUCUGGAUUUUUACCAUACUGUGAACCCGUCUACAAGCGAUGUGUGUCCUUAGUAGAGCAAACAUUAAAUCAACAUAUGGCGAGUACACAAAGUCCAGAACAGUUUGAUGCUCCUGAUAAAGAUUUCAUGAUAGUAGCAUUGGACCUUCUCAGUGGUUUGGCCGAAGGAUUGGAUGGACAUAUGGAACGUUUAGUCGUGAAUAGCAACGUAAUGCAAUUAUUAUAUCAAUGCAUGCAAGAUGGAAUGCCAGAAGUUAGGCAAAGCAGCUUUGCUUUAUUAGGAGACCUUACAAAAGCAUGUUUUCAACACGUUUUACCUUGUAUACCCGACUUUAUGCCGAUACUUGGACAAAACUUAAAUCCUGAAUUUAUAUCUGUGUGUAAUAACGCAACGUGGGCUAUCGGAGAAAUUUCUAUAAAGCUUGGAUCCGACACAAGUGCAUAUAUUCCAAUAAUAUUGACUCAACUAAUUAACAUAAUCAACCGGCCAAAUACACCAAAAACGCUGUUGGAAAACACCGCCAUAACGAUCGGUCGCCUAGGUUAUGUGUGUCCCCACGACGUCGCCCCCACGUUACAGGAUUUUGUCCGACAGUGGUGUACAUCUUUACGGACAAUAAGAGAUAAUGAAGAAAAGGAUUCUGCAUUCAGAGGUAUGUGCCAAAUGGUCACAGUUAAUCCAGCUGGCGUUGUCAAUGACUUCAUAUACUUUUGCGAUGCCAUUGCCUCAUGGGCUACACCGAGGGACGAUUUAAAAGAUAUGUUUCACAAAAUUCUACACGGAUUUAAGAAUCAAGUGGGUCCAGAAAAUUGGAAACGGUUUUCAGAUCAAUUUCCGUUGCCGCUUAGCGAACGGCUUCACAAUAUGUAUGGCGUUUGAGCAAACCCGCCUAAAUGUGAAGGCCGCUUCAAGGGGCAGGCCGAAUGGGGUUGGGCGGGCUAUAAAAUCGUGGGUGGACAGGGUGGGUGGGUGAAACCACGGCCUCUUCUCAUCAUUAUCGUUGUCGUUAAUGUGUGUCUUGGUCAUCGGUGGAAUAUCAAGGGGAAUACAAAAAAGUAUGUCAUUGUUAAUUGCAUUAAAGCAAUAAAACGUAAAUGGCAUAAAUGAGAAAAGCAGCGACAUAAGAAGAAGAAUGAAUAUAAAAAAAGAUAUACAAACGACAAAUAAAAUCAGUGGGCCGAAAAGAAUAAGUGGG